AAUGCGACUUGCCAAACGAAAAAUAAUUCUUUUAAUGGAUAAUGCUCGUUGUCACGAGGUCGACCUGACUGAAGACUUGUCAAACGUUCGGGUACAUUUUCUACCACUGAAUACAACAUCAGUACUCCAACCAUUGGACCAAGGAAUCAUCUACAGUUUUAAGGCGCAAUAUAGGAAAAUAUUAUGUAAGGAGAAAAUCUUAGCAUACGAGCGGUUGUCAAACGAAAAUGAUGAUCUUCCUCAAAUAACAAUUUAUGAUGCAAUUCAAUUUGUCGCUCGCGCGUGGGAGAAUGUAACGCAAAGAACUAUAUGCCACAGUUGGGAAAGAAGUGGCAUUUUACCUUUGCAUCAGUUAAAUGACAAUGAAGAGCAAGGGGGAGACAGCAAUAAUUGCGACGAAGAACAACAGUUGGAGAACGAUUUAACUAAUUAUUUCUUUACGAGCUUGUUCCUUAUACGUUGA